UUUGUUUUGCUUUCCCACCUCUGUGCGUGUACGUAUGGUGUGUGUAUGUGUCGAAGAGUAUAGUUAGAGUAUAUCAACAUCGAAAGUUGUAAACAGUCAUUAAAAACUGUACACACUGAUCGCGAUCUCCACGUCAACACGUGCGCGUGAAUGGCUCACAGAGUUUGGACUGGUCGUCCAACUUCGACCGUUCAACAUUACCGUCGAGACGAUAAUCAUUUCUGAGCUGUUUGCAAAAAGGACGUGUGCCUCUUUUGAAGAUUAAAACAGUUUUUUUUUUUUUUUUAAAUUCUCAUCCUGUUAAAAGAAGUGAUACUCUUUCUUAAUUUUUUUAAUCAAAGAGAUAAGUGGAACGAAUUUUAAACAGUUACCGGGUGGCGUGGAAAAUGAUAGACAACCGGAACAAAAUGUCGGGAUUCAAGUACUGCGACGUGGUUAGAUUAGUGAUUGUUACAAGCUGCAUUCUUGGUGCCACAUCAGUCGGGUCGAUAUCACCGAAGAGCGAAGCGCAGUCAGUCGUGGCGGAUAUACCGUGGGACGGCGCUCUAGUUGGACCGUCAUUCGACACGGGGCCGGAAUCUGUUGUCGUCUCCGUCGGAUCUACAGCCUACUUGGCUUGCCGCGUUCGUCAGCUUGGAGAUCGCAAGGUUUCUUGGAUACGGAAACGAGAUUUACACAUUCUGACAUUCGGUCAAGUCACCUACACCAAUGAUGCACGCUUCUCGGUCAUCAAGUCGGCUACAGGAGACAUGUGGACACUGCGGAUCAGAUCCGUUCAGCUUCGCGACGCUGGACUCUAUGAAUGCCAAGUCAGCUCCGAGCCCAAAAUCAGCAAAGCCGUCCGCUUAAAAGUUGUCGUAUCGCAAGCUUACAUCCACGGCAGCCCGGAGAUGUACAUUCGAAGCGGCAGCGACAUCAGCUUGUCGUGCGUGGCCAAAGACAUGCCCGAACCACCGACUCACUUCACCUGGUACAAAGGACUACAAAUAUUAAGUACUGGCGGCAACGAUGGCCAUCAGCUGUUCCAGCAAAAUAGCCACCUUCAGCAACAGCAACCACACCAGAUGAACGCCAACAAGCAGACGAGUUUCUUCGGGAAAUCGUCCAUUAUGACGUCGCUAUCGGGCCGAAAAGUGACGAUCGAAACGAGUCAGCACGGACUAGAAAAUCUACUUCUAAUACGUAACGCUGUGGCCGCUGAUUCUGGCAAUUAUACCUGCAUUCCAGCCGGAGCCGAGCCGGCCAGCAUUGUCGUUCACGUCCUUAAUGGUGAACAUCCGGCUGCAAUGCAACACGGUCACGGAGGCAUAUCACGCACGCAGCCCGGCGCCCGUUUCCACCACUACGUGCUCCUUGCAACUCUUUUACUCUUACUGCAUCGAUACUUAUCGUGGAACCGACAGUUGCGGUAGUUUGAUUCCGCAUUCAAGUUGUUUAUCUUUUGCGAAAUUUUUCCAUUUGUAAUUUCGGGUCUUGAAUUUGCCUCAUCGCUGGCGGAUUGUUUCACUAUCUUUCGUUUUGUCUCGUUUUUUUCUAUUGUACAAAAUGCUGUCCCCAAAUGUGCCCUAGUACACUUUCCCCUACCACCUAUAUAUUCUAUCGUAUUAUUUGUGGUUUCGCCAAAGGUAUAAAGAACAAGCCAUGGAUUUGUAAACGAAGCUAUUCCGCGAAGCGAAUUGCAUUCUUUAUUUUAAUUUAGAGGGGGACAAAAACGUAAUACCAACUUUGAUUUUCCCACCUCAACAACUUUAGACAUUUUAACGGACACCAAAGCUUUUUCUUUCGAUACCAAUUACAAUCAAGACUUAUCAUGUAACACACAUUUUCCUUCCUCGAUUCGCUAUAUAUAUAUAUUUCUAAAUAAAAAAAAUUUACCGACACGAAUGAGACAGUAAGGCGUACGCCUUGACCCUAUAUUGUUGUACAGUUGCAUUAUUGUGGUAUGUGCGAUUAUUGAUGAACGUCAUGCAGUUAUAAUGAGUAACCUAAUCCAAAUUUCACCCGACCCUUAUUGCUCGCCCUCUUCCCCAAAUAACACAAUCAAACAUGUCAAAGAUUUGUAAGAAUGGAUCAAACGUGAGUCCCCCCUUGAUUUUGAUUUCUAUCGAGUAUGUGUGUGCAUCAAAACCAGCGAAAAAAUUAUUCAGAGACGAAGAAAGAUUGUGUUUAUAUUCGCAGAUACGGAUUUAAAGUGACGGCGUUUAUAAAGGAUUCAGCAACCGCAACAGUGGCAUCAAGAAAACAAGAAAACGAAAAGACGGAAGAUGAUAUUAUAUAUACAGUAUAUACGUUAAUCUUGGACGAUGAUAUCAUAUUUCCUGAUGUAGCUCUUUAGAUAGAUGAUAAUGAAACCUCCCACAUGAGUACCAGUUUUCCUUCUCCGUCUUUGUGACCGAUGGGAGGAGGAGAGCCAAAAGUAAGCAAAAACACAUUGGUGUGUUCGGCACUUCUUUUUGUUUUUGUUUUUAAUUCGAGUUUUUUGUUCAU